ACAUCAUUACCUAGAAGCAAAGAUCAAGAUCAAGAUCGCCUACUCUCAUUCUCAGCUCAAGCUUAAGCUAUGGCAGAUAUCUGUGCUGAGCUCGAUGCUCUAGAGAUCGAGAAUUUUGAGCACAAAUACUUCAUACCUCUUAGCAAACUCGAAAAUUUAUUCACACGAGACAGAAUCAUGGAUCUUCUGCAACAGCAACAGAUACAAUUCUAUGAUAGGACCGAGAUAACAAAAGCGGUCUUGAACAACGGUCUACGACUCUUCGCCACGCUCGCAACUAUUCGCAGAAUCCACUUGAUUGUAUCGUUUCUCAAAACAGAUUACUUCUCGGGCGGCCAAUUUGAUUCGAAGCUUCCGAUGACCGAACCAAGCCUAGAAGAUAUCUUACGGGACUCAGAUAUCAGCCUGCAGUUUUAUCGAAAGCAGUGGAGGUUUCUUGCCCCAGUUCUUCGCGAGGAUCAACCACAUCGUGAGCUUGACGAUCGAACUAUACUCCCAUACCUUUCGUCUGAAACAGUUGCGCAUGGGGGAUUUGCUAAAAUCCUCAAAAUCCGGGUAGAUUCGUCACAUCAUCAAAUUUCAGACACUGAAAAAGAAAUUGACUUGAUUUGUAAACAAGUCGUAAGGCCAAAGCACGGCAGUACAAUAGAGAAAGAUUACGCCCAUGAAUUGCACCUAUUAUCGUCGCUACGAUGCUUGAAACAUCCCAAUAUCGUAAAGCUCAUUACAGCCUACACAAAAGGACCGACCUAUAACUUCCUUCUUCCCGUUGCUGAUAGCGACUUGAAAUCCUUGCUCCUAUCGAACUCGCGACUUCCAGGUUUCCAAACCGACGACCAAAUUUUCAAUUCUCUGUGGGGACUUUCAUCGGCCCUGGAGGCCGUCCAUGAAUAUUUUGAGAACGAGUUCAAUGUGCGACAGAUUGGUUGUCAUUACGAUAUCAAGCCAAGAAACAUCCUUUGCUAUCAAGGAAGGUUUGUGUUGUCUGACUUCGGGUUAUCGAAGCUUAUCCCGGAAGAUGAUGACUCGCGCUCGCUGUUUGAACAGGGAGAAGGCUGUUAUCUUGCUCCAGAAUGCGAGCCAUCCGAUCAAGACUUUAAACCUGGUUUGAUUGGGAGAUCUAGUGACAUCUGGUCUCUGGGCUGCGUUCUCGCUGAGAUUUUUGCUUACCUGAGUGGUGGCCCUGGUGGUGGUCCCAAAAUGGUGGCCUACUUCUACGAAAAACGGAAAAUAAAACUCGGUCCUUCGAUCUGCCAUCAUUUUCACGGAGUCAAUGACAUCAAUCCAGAAGUCACAAAUUUCUUAGACCGGUUCAGUACACAGCUCGCACAUGAGGAGAGGUUCAAGUCAUUAGCUUGCGUAGUCAAAGCAAGCCUUCAAUUUGAGCCAGACAAGCGGCCAAAAGUUUCGAAGAUCAGUCAGCGCUUGUUUCAUCUGGCACAGCGCCAUCUUUUGGAAAAGGCAUGUUCAACUCUGGAAUAUUGUAUAAGGCCAAGAAAUCUCGAGCUACAGAUUGAACUCCAACGUUUAAGGAUCUGGGGGGAUGCUUUUGGGCUUGCAACUGACUGGGAACACAUGCCCUAUCAUGAUUGGUGGGCAAAACCACGUUCUCAGAAGGAGUACCAGAGUACCCAGGACAUUCUGCAGCGAUGCCAAGUAGAGGUUGAUUUUGUUGCAGAGCAACUGGCUCAGGAUAGUACGCCGCCUUAUCCUCUUUCGUAUAACCUUCAGAAACUUUUGGAUCAACUAUGGAAUAUGCAGUCGAGCGGCGUGCACCGAGAUAUGCUCAGCCGUUUAGAAGAGGUAAUGCUGCAGCAUUAUAGCACUGCAACUCAGAAUGACUUGCAAUUGGCAGUUGAAGAGGGUGGAGGAUCUGCAUUCAAUUACCGACAUAUUGCAUCCCUUGUGACUAUGAAAGAAGUCACCUCGGCACUAAUACAGCGGAAUUCCUCAGACAUGGAUCUAUCUGUUGAUCAGUCAGUUCUUCGACUACCAGUGGCUGAGCUCCAUCAUCACUCCAUUAAAACCGAUGAAACUACUGGCAAAAGGAUGUUGAUAGAAUACAUGGAAUAUGAAACAUCCUGGGCAUCACGUACCGACGAGCUCCUGAAACGCGUCAACGCAAUUGCAUUCCUUCGAAGACAUGGAAAAAUAAACGAGAUCUUUCCAGUACUUAAGUGUAUUGGCUUUUACCAUGACGCUGUUCGAUCCCAAUUUGGAAUUGUCUACGAAUUUCCACUCCUGGCAAAAAACACAGACCCUCAAACCCUAGCGCAAGCCGUCAACGAUACUCAAUCAAGGACCAAACAGCCGUCUCUUACAGAAAAAUUCAAGCUGGCUUCGAAUCUAGUAUCUUAUAUUCUGGAUUUCCAUCGUGCGGGCUGGCUGCACAAAUCUAUCUGCUCUUUCAACAUCAUAUACUUCAACAAUGCGUUCGAUAGUCUGGAAGAAUCCUUCAGGUAUCCAUUCUUUAUUGGCUUUAACCACAGUCGCCUUAAUGACGAGAAUGCAUUUUCGACUCUAUCCGGGCCACAGGAGGAAUACCAGCAUCCCGUAUACCGUAGGAACAUCAUUAAAUACACCGAUGAUUCCCAAAGUCCCAACAGCCGUUUCCGACAGGAAUUCGAUUACUAUAGCGCUGGCCUGGUCUUGCUAGAGAUUGCCCUGUGGAAAGACUUGAAAGGGAUUCUCCAGUCCAUUCGCGGUACUCCUGAGAAAGUUCACGAGCAUCUCCUGAAAACCCAUAUCAAGAUUGUCAAGAGUUAUAUGGGCGAAUUAUAUGGGGAAGCGGUCAGGCACUGUCUCUCUUGCUACAGUGAUGAUAAGAGUAAUCCGGAGGAAGUUAGAAGCAACUUCUCGAAAAAAGUUGUGAUUCCAAUUUCACAAUGCUUGCUUUGACUUUUUCGUUGACCCGGAGGGAGAGAGCCGGUUCAGUAUCAAAGAAGGGAGACAGGGGAUGUUUAAUGUACAUACUUGGAACUGCGAGAUUUGCUUAGCGUGCGCUGCGGCCAUGCUCGGGAUGCACACUCUCGACUAAGACUCUAUGCAGCAUUAAGUCACUGUUAGGGAGAGAUACAGCCUAUUAUAAUUGCUAUAUGUUCCAUAAACGCUCAUAUAGAAAGCAUUCCGUUGGAGACAUUGCCG